AUGUGGCUCUACCUGGCUGCCCUGCUGGGGCUUUACUUCCUUCGCCGAUGGUACCAGGAGAGACAGACGGUGGAGAACCUGACGGAGAAAUAUGUCUUCAUCACGGGGUGUGACUCUGGCUUUGGAAACCUACUUGCCAGGCAGCUGGAUGCCCGGGGUCUGCGGGUGCUGGCAGCCUGUCGCACGCAGAAGGGGGCAGAGCAGCUGGGCAAGGCCACCUCAGAGCGCUUGAAAACCACCAUUCUGGAUGUGAGCAGCACAGAGAGUGUGGCGGCCGCGACGGAGUGGGUGAAAGGGUGCAUUGGAAGCAAAGGUGAAUCUCUACCUUCCUUGUGGUGCCUCUGUGCUAUUGGUGGGACGGGGGACGCCCCCUGCUUCAUCUCCAGGGCUGGCACCACGCCCCUCCCCAGUUGGGCACCCAAUAGGGAAGCUUGGCGGGGGCGUGGCUUGCUGCUCAAACGCAGCCGCGCCAGCCAUCCCCACAAUUGCACACACAUUUUCUUCAAGUCACCCACCCUCCACUCCCUUGAGACUAGCUGUUCCUGAGACUUUGCUAUGGACCUCUGGUUGGUCGCCCUGUUGAACCAGGGGGCCUGGUAGGAGUUUUUUCCAAUUGGCUAAAUUGGCCCGGCCUCUUGGUUUUUUUCGCCUACCUCGUAGCAACCGUCACAACUUUCGUGGUAUUUGGCGGUUAGGCAUUGGAAUGUGUUGUUGGUGUUUCGGGGGGCAAGGUGUGGCCAUCGCCUUCCCUGACAAUUUUGGGUAUUCCGCUAAAGGAAUCCAGUGGUUGUGGAUCCUGUCCGAUGCCCUUGGGGCGGGGGGCCAUGGCACGACCCUCGGUGACAUCAGGAAGAGAGCCUUUAGUUGGAUUAGCAUCAACAGGCUUCCCCUACUGGUGGUUAACCCCUCCUCAGACUCACCCCUCUACGAGUGGGUGGAGUCUAAUGUUCCGUGGUCCAAUGCCUAAGCCAAUACCUUCUCACAUGCUGUAAUCAACAAAGUUGUGGCCUUUACCUUACCCAUUAACCUUACAUUCUGUGUCCACGUGUCUUUAUUCCCCAAGCGGGGAUUGGGUCCUUGAAUCACAAACAUACGUUCUUUCUCACAGGGCUUUGGGGCUUGGUGAACAACGCAGGCACAGCUCUACCAUCAGGUCCCAACGAAUGGCUGACCAAAGAUGACUUUGCAAAGGUGAUCAAUGUCAACCUUCUUGGGAUGAUUGAUGUGACACUACACAUGGUGCCUCUGGUGAGGAGAGCCAGAGGGAGGGUGGUCAACAUCUCCAGUACGAAUGGACGACUGGCAAUCUUUGGUGGUGGUUACUGCCCAUCCAAGUUUGGUGUGGAAGCCUUCUCUGACAGCCUGAGGUAAAAACAGCAGCUCUUUAAUGUCUUCUUUUGCUUACUUUAGUGCAACAUCUGCCAUACUCCCUAACCACUUGCCAGGCUGGAAGUGGCUGAUGCGAGUCCUCCUGGUUUAGUUGCCAAGUCUGGGGAAAGUGGGCUGCAGGGAAGAAAGAGCUGGGAAAUAUGGCAGCUGCUCAGGGCUUUGCCCAAGACUCGCACAACUUGAGAUGAAUGUAUCCAGGAAGGAUCUCAAAAGAGAAGAUAGACAGGGACUGGAAGGUGUCUAAAGGAUACUUGCAAAACCAUAUUGAAAAAUCAGAACUCCUAUUAGAAUAAACAAGUUCCGUUUUAAAUACUGAAAUACUAAGAUGGAUGACAAUGUGUAAUAGAAAAAGAAGCAUGAAAUUAGGUUAAAGGUGUGUGAAAGAAAGUAACAGAAGUGGAUAGAAAUUGCAAUUGAGUAGAUUGGAAGUCUAACACAAAGGUGGGGUGAGGGGUGGUGGAUGGUGAUGGGAAAAGGAAUUAUCUGUGGGAUUAAGUGUAGGUAUGUUUGAACAUUUUUAAGGAUUGUAUGAAAUGUAUGUUUGUAUGCUUGUAUAUUUGCAAUAUGUGUGUAUUAAUGCUGAAUUAUUUUAAUAAUAAAAUUUUUUCGGAAAAAGAAAAAAGAAGGUAUCCAGGCACAGGCCAUGCCCACAUCUGGCCUUGAACCAAACUUUUCAAAUCACAAGACCACAAUUGGAUGUGUGGCUCUCAGUCCAGGACCUUCUCAUUAAUGGUGAACAUGCUGUGGAUGUCCCCCUGUUUUCCUUAGGAUAGUUUGGGCCCAACAUGCUUUAUAGAAAUGUUGAUUACCAUGUUGAAAAGUGUGUGCUUUUUCCAACUAUUUACGUACCACUUAAUUAUCAAGAUGUGGGACUGAGCAGUUAUCUGCACAUAUGCACUGCCCAGGCUCACGUAGCAGGGAGGUCACUGUUGGUUUGCAAGCCCCCUCCAUAGAGGCUGGCCCCUCUCACUGUCCUCGGGGCUUGCUUACCGGUAACCUCCUCUGGCUGAUAUCCAGACAGACCAGGGAGAUUUUGAUAGGCGACAUUUUCCCAAGCGUGGGUAAAAUGCACAACCCCUCCCUCCUGCUUCCGCAGGGGAAAGAAAAUAAUCAGAAAUCUAUUUACAUGAUGUUUAUUUCUGACAUUACAGCACUAGAGAAAAACACGUCCUUUCAGUCCAGUUCUUCCAGCAAGUCAGAGAAACUUCCUGAACAUGCACACACAGAAGGUUUCAAGUUACACUCUUCACAAAGACUUAUCCAGCCUGUGAACGUCCUGGGAAAUUCUUCUUUCCCACAGAUAGGCACAUCAUGUGAUGUCAACAGUCUGGCUGUCUGCAGCGGUGAUGUUUCCAUAUACUGACAGUCACUGCUAACACUGCGGUUUGACUUCACCCGCAGAGGCACACUCUGUUGAAUGGUUUCUUUAAAUGUGGAGGUUCAUCAUUGUUCCACCCAAUAUGUAUGUCUUUAAGGGGCCAGAGCAAGGGCCACAGCAAAAUAACGAGACCCAGCUUUACAGCUGUGAAACAUAGCAGGUGCUGCUAAUUAAGCUGUGUCAGCAAUUGGGUAUAGUAUAUAAGGAGCAGCACCUAGCUCUCCCAUUACCCUGGGGGGUGGGUUGGUGGUUGGGUCAUGUUUGCUGUUGUUAUCUUUAGUGUAAAAGGAGUUUUUGUUUUGUUAUUUUUGAGUUCCUUGUUAUGCAUGGUCUCCCCAGCAAGCUCUCUGCAGCGCUACUAAACUGCAAAUAGCCAACACAUUCCAUUCUCUUUUGAGAUACAUGGAUGCCAACGUCCAGGUUUCCGUGAUAUGGCAGAUGGACAGUGGAAAGUGUUGAUAAGGCAGCUUGUCAAAUUUGGGAAAAUACAAAUUUACUCUCAGAGGCUGUGAGACAAUUUAAAGUGGUGAAUGUACAAGCCACCAAGGUGGGAAAGGCUGAGGUGGGAGGUUGGAGGAAAAUGCAAGGGAAAGCAAGGGUGGUCCAGGACAAAAAUGGCACCUUGUGUGAAUUGAUUUGGGAGGAUUUGACUGUGAUGGAGACAAAACAGGAAGGGAGGGCAAAAGGUAUGGGAGGCUACUAUAUAUGGUGGCAAUGUAAAGUUAUUAAGAAGGCCUGGGAAGUGACAUAUAAAGAUUUGAAGAGAAUGUGGAAAAUGUUUUUUGUUAAAAAAACAGACGCUAUGAUUUUGGAAGGCACAGGACUUAAUGGAUUUAUUGAGCAAAAGACUCUGUUCCUGCACUGGAGAGUGGACGCCAGGCCAAGACCAACCCAUCCCUAUACUGUGGUUCCUCUAGUUAGGAACUUAAUUUGUUCCAGAGGUCCGUUCUUAACCUGAAACUGUUCUUAACUAGAGGCAUGCUUUCGCUAAUGGGGCCUCUUGCUGCUGCUGUGCCGCCAGCACACGAUUUCCGUUCUCAUCCUGGAGCAAAGUUCUCAACUCGAGGUAACUCUUCCAGGUUAGCGGAGUUUGUAACCUGAGGCGUUUGUAAGUCGAGGUACCACUGUAGGAGAAAGAAGCCACCACCAAAGAAAAGAAAGAAUAUUGGCAAAAUAAAUUAAUGAACUAUGCAGGACAUAUUAAGAUAAUUUGAAACCCAAGAAAUAAAGGACAUGGAUUUAUUUUUUUUAAGGGGUAAUGUUUAAUGCAUACUUUGUAAGCUUUGUGUAUAGGUUUCUACAUUAGUUGAACUUCUAAAAGUCACUUGUAAUAAGAUGAAUAAGGUUUUAAAAUGGGAUUAAGAAUAUAAGAUUUUAUGGACAUGCAUGAAUCUGUAUAAAAUAAUGGAACCAGGAGGGGGAGUAGAGGGAAGUCAAUCAAGUUUUAUGGUUUAAAUUUUUGAUUGUGAUGAGUGUUGUUGUUUUUUUGUUAUCAUAAAAUUAAUAAACGAGAGAGAGAGAGAGAGAGAGAGAGAGAGAGAGAGAGAUACAUGGAUGCUGACAACUAAGCCAUGAAUGUGUAGCAUUUGGAGAGAAAUUCUGUGUGGCAUCUUCUCAGGGUUGUUUGCACUGUAAUCUUCUUCUGCACAAAGGAGGUUUGGUAAAACCCUUAAUUGCUCCUUUUUAAAAACAUGGGGUCCCAGUACCCAAAAAACAGGGUCUUGUUCCUUUGAUGCAAGUGAUCUUUUCCCUCUUAACAAGAAGACUGGGCAGAGAUGGCAGAGGCUGCAGAAAGGAGGGUGGGAAGCAGCCCUGGCAGAAAAGGCUCCUUGCUCUCUGCAGCAACUUUCCCCCACUAGGUUAAGGUCUCCCUUCAGGAAGGCAUUUGAUGUAUCAGUGAGACUUUGAAUCAUGUCCUCAUGACUGUCUCUUAAUACAACUGGUGCUGUGUCGUACACAAUCCUCUCCUGGGUAGGGCGUAUCCUGGCUCCUGCAAGAGGGCAGAAGGCAGGGGAGCUGCAUUUCCCAACUUUUCUUUCUCCUCAAUUUUUGGAUUUCUUUUUUUUAAAAGAAAGAUGUUCCUAUCCAUGGACCCAAGUUCCUGACCUGCAUUCCUGCAUUCCUAUGACUCAGUAGGCAAUGAUGUUUCUUCUUUUAUUCCUCUGCAUUUCAGGCAAGAGCUCCAUCCUUUUGGAGUCCAAGUCAGCAUUAUUGAACCUGGUACUUUCCGAACAACCAUCGGCGCAAGAGCAUUAGAGAAUUUAAAGACAGUAUGGAACCAAGUGCCAUCUGACAUCAAAGAAGUCUAUGGGGAACAGUACUUGGAGAACUGUGAGUAGACGUGGAGGGGAUUUCAGCAUGGUUUGCAUUUUCCUGCAAACUUUCCCAAUUCACACUUCAAGAAGCAAUACAUUAACCAAUACAUAGCACUGCUUAGGAAUUCAAACUCCUCUAGAUUUAGCAACAAGUUCUCCAGACUAACUAUGUGUACAAAGUGAACAUAAUAUACAAAAAUGCACUAAGUAAAUUGAUCACGAUAAAAAAAAUUCACUAUGCAAGGAAAUAAUGUUUGCCAAAAUGUGUAUACAGUGGUACAGUGGUGCCUCGCAAGACGAAAUUAAUUCGUUCCGCGGGUUUUUUCGUCUAGCGAAUUUUUCGUCUUGCGAAGCAUGAAAUCCCAUUGGAAUGCAUUGAAAUUCAAUUAAUGCGUUCCUAUGGUCAAAAAAAGUCCAAACAAAGCAACAAAGCCAAAUUUGGUACAACGAGAGUUUAUUAAGUGCUCUUUAAAGUCACACAUACUGUAAAGAGCAUUUCAAAAAUUGAAGGAACAAUAAAUUAAGUUUCUAAACAUGACAGAAAAACAUUUAAAAAUCAACAAAGUGUACAGUACAUUUUCUAAGACUCUGGGGGACAACUCGGAGAAGGUUCCUCUUCCACUCUUUGCUUCUUGCUGAAGAACCUGUCCAUGGUCUGCUGCUUCAUCCGCCUUUUCAGCACCUCCCUGAAAGGCGACAUGACCCUCGUAUCAAAAGUGUUCACAAUGUCAUGUGCCAUGUGCUUGUCAGGGUGGUGCCGCUGUGCAAAAGCCUGCACAUCCUUCCACUUCAGGCAAAUGUCCCUCAGUUCUUUGGAGGACAGCCGUUCCUCAGUUGCUUCCUCCUCUUCCAGCGAGGCCUGCUCCUGCGCAGCCUCUGCCUGCAGUUCGACCAGCUCCUGGGUGGUCAGCUCGUGGUCGUGCUCCUCCACCAGCUCGCUGAUGUCCUCCUCUGUGACCUCCAGGCCCAUGGUCCUCCCCAAGGCAACAAUGUCCUGCACCGCUGUUGACUCUGGUGCAUCAGAGUCACUUGGUGCCACACAGUCCGGCCACAGGCUGCACCAAGCGCAAUUCAAAUUUCUCUGGCUGAUCCCGUUCCAGGCCGUGGUGAUCAUCUUCAAGCAGGUGAUGAUGUCGAAGUGGUCCUUCCAGAAUUCCCGCAGGGUGAUGGUGGUGCAAUCAGUCACCUCGAAGCAUCGCCUGAAAAGCUCCUUGGUGUAGAGUUUUUUGAAAUUGGCGAUGACCUGCUGAUCCAUCGGCUGGAGCAGUGGCGUGGUGUUAGGCGGCAGGAACAUGAUGCUGAUGAAGCUGAACUCCUCCAACAAGUCCUCCUCAAGGCCUUUAGGAUGAGCAGGAGCAAUGUCCAUCAGAAGCAAAGCCUUCAGCGGCAGGUCGUUGUCCAGCAGGUACUGUUUGACAGCAGGGCCAAAAGCAAGAUUGACCCAGUCCACAAACAGCACACGUGUGACCCAAGCCUUACUGUUGGAUCGCCACAUGACACUCAGCUGCUCCUUGUCGACCUUGUGUUUCUUGAAGGCCCGUGGGUUCUCCGAGUGGUACACCAGCAGGGGCUUGAUCUUCAGGUCGCCGCUUGCGUUGGCACAGAAGAGCAGGGUCAGACGGUCCUUCAUGGGCUUGUGGCCAGGCAACUUGGCCUCCUCCUGUGUGAUGAAAGUCCUUUUGGGCAUCCUCUUCCAAAACAGCCCGGUCUCGUCGCAGUUGAAGACCUGCUGUGGAACGUAGCCCUCCGUCUUCACAACCUCCAGGAACUCCGCUGCAAAGUCUUCAGCCGCAGAAACAUCAGAACUGGCAGCCUCUCCAUGCCUGACCACGCUGUGGAUUCCACAUCUUGUCUUGAACCGGUCAAACCAGCCUCUGCUUGCCUUGAAGACUUCUGGCUCACCUGAGGUUCCUGCCUGUUCCCGGACGAGGUCUGCGUGCAAGGCCUUGGCCUUCUCACAAAUGACGGCCUCAGUCACUGUGUCCCCUGCACGCUGCUUCUCUUCUAACCAGAUGAGCCGCAACUUCUCCACCUCCUCCAGAACAGCUGGGUGGUUCUUCACGAUCCUGGUGACUCCCUUGGCUGCAUCAGUCGCAAGGAUCUUCUCCCUCAUCUUCAGGAUGGUCCCGAUGGUUGAUGGAUUCCUCCCGUACUCCCUGGCGAGGUCUGUCACACGCAUUCCACCGUCGUGCUUCCGAUGAUCUCCUUCUUCAUUUCCAGCGUAACCUUCGCCUUCUUCCCCUCGCCGGCCUCUGCAGCAGCAGUCUUCUUGGGUCCCAUGGCAGCACAGCUCCUACCUUCGCAACCCCCCCCCAAAAAAAUCAGUGCUUCACAUCCAAAAAAUUCAAAAGCACCCAGCCACCCACCACACAGAAAUUCAAACCCAGAACCAAGUCCUUGAAUUCCAAACACCCAGCCACCCACCACACAGAAAUUCAAAUCCAGAUUUUUUUUUAAAAAAAACAGCAGAGUGGCCCAAUGGUCACAAAAAAUCAGAAAAAUUCAGAAAAAAACCACACAAGCUUCCAGAUUCUUGCAAACCCCUCCCCAACACCAAGUCCUUGAAUUCCAAACACCCCAACCCAAAAUCCAACCCCCCCAAAAAAAGUUUUGAAAGUUUAACUUACCAAAUGGCUGCAAAAGAAGUUUUGGAAAAGCUUCAAAAAUCACCAAAGUCUUCAAAAACCUCAAAAAAGGCUACCACACCGCGUGCUAUGAGUUGCUCCUCGAAGUCAAGUCGCAACUGCACCUCUUCAAGCAAUGCACCCUGGGUAUUAACGGUUUUAAGAAAAAGGAAACAAACUUGCAAGACGUUUUCGUCUUGCGAAGCAAGCCCAUAGGGAAAUUCGUCUUGCGAAGCAGCUCAAAAAAACACAAAACCCUUUCGUCUAGCGAGUUUUUCGUCUUGCGAGGCAUUUGUCUUGCGGGGCACCACUGUACCUCAGCUUAAGAACAGCCCGGUUUAAGAAUGAUUUGGUUUACAAAUUCCACAAAACCGGAAAUAGUGUCUUGGUUUGAGAACUUUACCUCGGUCUAAGAACGGAAUCCGAACGGUGGAAGGGCACCGGCGGUGGGAAGCCUCAUUAGGGAAAGCACGCCUCGGUUUAAGAACGGUUUGGGUUUAAGAACAGGCUUCUGGAACGGAUUAAGUUUUUAAACCGAGGUACCACUGUAUUGUGAAAACUGAAAUGCUGAUGACUUUCAAAAACCAUAAACUGAAAUGAGGUGAACCAAACUCAAAGAUUUUGGAGAUAUUGAAGCUGAGAGAAACCAAAGUGGACAGGUUCGUCCAUUGUAGAUUUAAAUCUUUUGAGAAUGUGUUCUGUUUUGAAGCCUCCAAAAUAGUUCCAGAUGCAUCUGCUAUGAUUUAUCGUAUUAUUUGCUCUACAAGACUCACUUUUUCCUUCCUAAAAAGUAAGGGGAAAUGUGUGUGCGUCUUAUGGAGCGAAUGCAGGCUGUGCAGCUAUCCCAGAAGCCUGAACAGAUCGAGGGAUCGCUGCACAGCGAUCCCUCUUGCUGUUCUGGCUUCUGGGAUUCAGAAUUUUUUUUUUCUUGUUUUCCUCCUCCAAAAACUAGGUGUGUCUUGUGGUCUGGUGCACCUUAUAGAGCGAAAAAUACAGUAGUUCUUCUAGGGAGAGGUAUCUAGAAGCUAACCAGUCCAUUCAGCUCCCAAAAGAUUUAGGUUACCCCCUACAUUUACAGCACUAACUUCUGUUUUGCUUCAUAUUUCUCACACACAGAUUGCAAAAUUGUCCAAUAUACCGUUAACAUUGCCAGCAGCAAGCUUCACCUGGUCACUGACUGUAUGGAACAUGCCCUGACAUCCUGCUCCCCUCGCACUCGCUACUCUGCAGGAUGGGAUGCAAAGCUCUUGUACAUUCCUGCCUCUUACUUUCCAACGUCCAUCGCUGACUUCGUGGUGAGCUGCAUUCAGCCCAAACCUGCUCAAGCUGUAUAG